AUGCCAUCCUCAGAGAACAAAGUGCAUCGUAAGGACCGCGAACGUCUUACCCGUCCCCGAACCUCCCGUGUUGCGAAGACGUUGGCGAUUGAGAAAGAGUCUACAGUUCGGACGGAUAAGAAGCGACAAGAGGAACAAGCCAUGGAGGAGAAUUGCGUCGACGGCCAAACAGAUCCCAUACUGUACUGGACAAAGACGGGACAUUGGCCCAAAGGAUAUACUGAGCAGAGUGACAAAAACACAAGUCAUCUACUUGCCAGGCAGAAGUCCUCGGGCUCCCUUCGCCGGAGGAAAUCUCCGCUGGUCUCUGUUGAUCCAGCUUCUGUCGCGACAAGCUCUGUCGCGCCGAGCUCAACAACACCCAGCGACCAAAAGCCACGAGAUGUCAAGAGCGCUCCUUACCAAGAUCCACGUUAUGAGACUUUACUUACGACGAAGGGAAGCUUUAUAAUCAUAUCCGACCUUGACGUUGACGAAGGAAAUAAGACACUUUGCCGCUCUUUGCUCCAGAAGGAGCAAACCGUUCACGAGCAGUCUUUGUUUCGCGACGACCUCUUUGAGCAAACCAUCCAAAAGAUCCAGAAUCGGAAUGAAGCCAGGGUUAUUCAAGACAUUAGUCGAUUAAUCGUACCUUCAGCGGAGGCCCUAACAUCAUACGGAGCCAAGCAUCUAAAGUUCUUGAUCGAAAGUGUCAACGAAGGCUGGAACAACUCCUUUCCUUUAACAGGCAUGCGUCCGCAGCCUGACUACUCUGUAGGAUUCAAGCGGGAAGCAUCUACCAGCGAGCAGCUCAACAAGCUUGCCUCAUUUAUUGGUAACUUCAUCUCCAGCGAUCAUUCGUACCUCAUGGCUACGUACUAUAUGUACUUCCCGUUCUUUACUUGUGAGGUGAAGUGCGGUGCUGCAGCGCUCGAUAUUGCAGACCGACAGCAUGCCUAUAGCAUAAUACUUGCGGUAAGAGCUACCGUCGAGCUCUUUAGACUUGUUGGUCGUGAGAUGAAGCUUCAUCGAGAGAUUCUCGCCUUCUCAAUUUCGCACAACCACAGAUUGUUCAGCUUUACACCUCUAAAUGGAAAGGAGAAAUGGACCGCAUAUAAGUUCACUAAGAAUAUCUACGACAUAUGGAUGCCGAAUCACUUUAAACGGCUAUGUUCGGCUAUAGAUCAAAUCCCGGUAGAUCUGGAUUUCAGUGUUGCACAACCUUCCAAGAGCUUCGGGCUUUCAGAAGACCUUCAGGGCCAUAAUCUUUCGGGAUCAAGCCAGCCUGAUUCUCAAUCAUAUGGAAACAGUCAGCAAAGUACUAGCAGUGGUGCAAGGGACUCCACCCCCAAUACCUCUUUCACUGACCGGGGCACGCCGAAGAGGCCCAGGAAACGGCUUGCUGAAGGACAGCAGUCCAAGACAAGAGUUGAAGGGAAGCGCUUAGCCGGCCAAAAGGAUUCAAACGCUGCGAAGAAAGCUAAGCAGGGCCGUGGGACGCAAGGUGUGGUCAAGCCAACGCGGCCGAGAAGCAGGUCGACUCUCUUGGAGGCCGGUAAAACGGCCAUGGACAAGCUAGAGGUUGCCGGAGGUAGUCUUGAAGAAGAGGUAGAAGUACUGGCGAAGCAGCAAACGCAUGCCACUUCCGAGGCCAAGACCGGCGAUAGAAAGGAGAUUAACCUCAUAGCAUCGAACGACGCAAAUACAGCAACCGCGAAUGAGGCUGGCCCUCAUAGAUUUCUCGCCAUUAAGAGUUCAAGCUCUCCCUAG